AUGGGUGAAGUUGGUCCUACAAUCGCCAAGGACGUCACUGAAUUGAUUGGUAAAACCCCGUUGGUGUACCUAAACAAUGUUACGAACGGUUGCGUGGCUCGUGUUGCUGCUAAGUUAGAGAUGAUGGAACCCUGCUCCAGCGUCAAAGAUAGGAUUGGAUAUAGCAUGAUUACUGAUGCAGAGGAGAAAGGACUUAUCUCACCGGGCAAGAGUGUCCUGAUUGAACCAACCAGUGGUAAUACUGGCAUAGCAUUGGCCUUCAUGGCAGCUGCAAAAGGUUACAGGCUCAUACUUACAAUGCCAGCCUCCAUGAGCCUUGAGAGAAGGAUCGUUCUCAAUGCUUUUGGUGCCGAAUUGGUCCUGACGGAUCCAACUUUGGGCAUGAAAGGUGCUGUUCAGAAGGCCGAAGAGUUGGCUGCAAAGACACCCAAUUCAUACAUCCUUCAGCAGUUUGAAAAUCCUGCAAACCCAAAGAUUCAUUAUGAGACAACCGGACCGGAGAUUUGGAAAGGAACGGGGGGCAAAAUUGAUGCCCUUGUAUCUGGUAUUGGUACAGGGGGUACACUUACUGGAUCAGGAAGAUAUCUUAAAGAGCAAAAUCCUGAUGUCAAGCUAUACGGCGUGGAACCGGUUGAAAGUGCAGUUUUAUCUGGAGGAAACCCUGGUCCGCAUAAGAUCCAGGGUAUAGGAGCUGGCUUUAUUCCUGGUGUUUUGGACGUCAAUCUCAUUGAUGAAGUUGUCCAAGUCUCAAGUGAUGAAGCUAUUGAAACAGCAAAGCUUCUAGCCUUGAAAGAAGCGUUGUUGGUUGGAAUAUCAUCUGGAGCUGCUACAGCUGCUGCCAUUAAGAUUGCACAGAGACCAGAAAAUGAGGGGAAACUCAUAGUUGCAUGCAUGUAUGGAUCUUUAGAGCUUGGCAUUGGUUGCAUAGUUUGAAGUAUUUACCUUCGACAUUUAUCUAGAAAGUCUGUAUCAUUUAGAUUUAUAAGUUUAUAAAAAAUUUACAAGCAGUAGUUCUGCUAUCUUCUUGUGCACUGUAUGCACCAGAUUCAUAGGGCCAAGAAUGUGAUACAUUAAGUGCAGCCUGGGUGUUGUAUAAACUGAUCACCAUUUUCUUCCAAAUGCUUCUAUGGUUCAUCUGGAAGCUUGUAUCUGCAACUGUUGGAUCCACCAAUUGCUGCGCUUGCCAAUGCAAUUUCCUGAUCACACGAUAAUCAAAGAACAUAAGAUUGUGGUUCUGCUGCUCACCCUUUCUAACAUGACUUUGUAAUUUCUUAGUAUAUGAUCCAUGUUAAAUCCGGCAAA